UUAAAGCAUUCUUGUCGAAUGAUGCUCAUUUGGAUAUUACCAUACCGCAUGGCAUUAUUCUUUUCUAUCAUGUCAGCAACAAUUUCCGCCAUAAAAGAGACACCUUUAUAUCCACUUGUAUUGGUACCCGGUUAUGGAGGGUCGCAGUUGAAAGCAAAACUUGUCGGGAAACCUGAGACUGUACAUUAUUGGUGUGCUCGACAGACGGACGAUUUCUUCGAUCUCUGGUUAAAUUUGGAGCUGUUCUUGCCAACAGUAAUCGAUUGUUGGGUGGAUAAUAUGAAGUUGGUAUAUAACAGAACAACAAACAAAACGUCAAAUAUGCCGGGUGUUCUAAUUAAUGUUCCCGGAUUUCGGAAUACGAGCACCGUGGAAUGGCUGGAUACAUCAAAAGCAUCGGAAGGGCGCUAUUUCAGUGAUAUCGUUGAAGCACUCCUGCCAUUCGGCUAUCGUCGAGGUAAAAAUAUUGUAGGUGCACCAUACGACUGGAGGCAAGCGCCAAAUGAACUCGAGGACUAUUAUUCAAAUUUGACAAAAUUGAUUGAGGAGACUUAUAGUUCUUGUGGUCACAGGAAAGUGAUUGUUAUUGCACAUAGCAUGGGAAAUCCACUGAUGCUCUACUUUUACAACAGCAUCGUUAAACAGGAGUGGAAGGACAAAUUUAUUCGUUCGCAUAUUUCGAUAGCUGGAGCCUGGGGCGGUGCUCUCCAAAUUAUCCGUCUUCUUGCUUCAGGCUAUAAUAUGAAUCACUACAGAAUUUUGU